CUUAGCUAGAUAAUUUUUCAUUCUAAUCCUUGUUCGUGUCUCUCUAAAACCCUGAAACCAAAACACAAAAUCAAGAAAUUCACAUAACCAGAAACACAAAAAAAUGUCGUACAGUUCAAUGCUAUUUGCCGCUUGCUCACACACAUCUCUACCCAUCACCAACCCAACCAUACCUUCACUUUUAUUCAGCACUCCCUCCUAUUACCAGCAACACCAGCAACUAAAGCAACCCAAGAAAAGGAGGCAGCUUUUGGGGUUGUGUACAAGCUAUGAGGUGGGUGGAGGCUACCCAGAUGCAGAAUUGGGCUAUCAAGGCACAAGUGGAAGUGCCCAACAAAAGAUGGAUGCUUCCCAGUAUGAAGCUCUCCUCAAAGGAGGUGAACAGGUCACCUCUGUUCUGGAAGAAAUGAUAACCCUUUUGCAAGAUAUGAGCAUGGAUGAAGCAUCUGAGGAGGUAGCUGUGGAGUUGGCUGCGCAAGGUGUUAUAGGGAAGAGAGUUGAUCAGAUGGAAUCAGGUUUUAUGAUGGCCCUAGAUUACAUGAUACAAACUGCUGAGAAGGACCAAGAUGAUAAGCGUAAGACACUGUUGGAGGUGAUCAAGGAGACAGUAUUAGCCCACCUUACAAAAAAGUGUCCCCCACAUGUUCAAGUGAUUGGCCUGCUCUGUAGAACUCCCAAUAAAGAAAGCAGACAUGAACUGCUACGCCGAGUGGCAGCUGGUGGUGGCGUGUUUAAAAGUGAGAAUGGCACCAAAGUUCAUAUUCCUGGCGCAAAUCUAAAUGAUAUAGCUAACCAGGCUGAUGAUUUACUGGAGACGAUGGAAACUCGGCCUGUUGUUCCAGAUAGAAAACUACUUGCAAGGCUUGUUUUGAUUAGAGAGGAAGCUCGGAAUAUGAUGGGAGGUGGAAUAUUGGAUGAGAGAAAUGACCGUGGUUUAAAUACUCUUCCUGAAGCAGAGGUGAACUUCUUAACCAAACUGGUAGCUUUGAAACCAGGGAAAACUGUCCAGAAGAUGAUAACAAAUGUAAUGCAAGGAAAAGAUGAAGGUGCAGAUAAUUCUGACAGUAAUGAGGAACGUAGUACAGGUGGAAGGGUUUCAAGUGGAAUUGCAGGAAGGAAAAGUGUUACAGGGAGGAAGCCACUUCCGGUGCGCCCAGGCAUGUUUCUUGAGACCGUCUCCAAGGUCUUAGGUGGCAUAUAUGCUGGCAGUGACUCUGGCAUCACAGCACAACAUCUAGAAUGGGUUCAUCAGAAGACACUCCAAGUUCUCCAGGAAAUAGCAUUCUAGCCAUUUUGUUUUAGCCGCCAAAUGCUUCCCUUAUAUCAUAAAUUCAUUUUUGAUCCUCAUGUGCUGUCUGACAAGAGAGAAAGUAAGUUGUCUUGUUAAUAGGAAGUCUAAAAUAUAAAAUACUGUAGCAUAUGUAAAAUAUAGAAGAAUGAACACUUUUCACUCCA